GUCAUCGAGUAUUAUCGAGAUCAUCCUCGUGGGAAUGGCGGCAUGGACAGCGGUGCGGGGAAUCUCGCCUCGAGUCACAGUUGAGGAGCUAGAUCAUCAGGUCGACAGCGGCAUGGGCAGCAGCGACGCGCGCUCUCCUGAGGUGAAGUCGCUCCUCCCUGACGAUGAGGAUGAUGACGAGGAGGAUGAGAGCUUAACGGAGAGAUUAUUAGGACUUACUGAAAUGUUUCCUGAGCCAGUACGUAACUUUGGAUACAAUGUUGGAACCUGCCUAUACACAUGUAUCAAAGGUUUAUAUGCAUAUUCGUGUUCAGCCACAUGGCUAGUCUUCAGUUCGUCUACAAUUCUUUUCGCGCCAAUUAUCUUUGAGAUGGAACGCGCACAGAUGGAAGACUUGCAACGUACACAGCAGAAGCAAGUUCUCUUAGGCCCUAACACAGCUCUGUCUGGUGUAAACACCACGGGUCUUCCAAUGGCACCGCCUGUUCAGCGAUAGACCAUUAUAUUAUAAAUUUACACGUGCACGCAUACAAGGACACGUACAGAAAUGCCCAUUCUAUCAAAAAAAAAAAAAAAAAUAAUAAAUCAUUCGAGUUUCCUCACUCAAUUAUUUAUUAGCGCAGCUCUGAUACAUCAUCGAAACUUUUACGUAAAUCGCGAAUAAAUGAUUUCUAUUGAAUGACAACUUGCGUGAAUCGAGCGCGUGUAAUUAUUUCUUUAAUUGGAGUAACUCUUGCAGAGUUGCGCGAUACGAAAAAUUUAGAGUAAAUAUAAAUUUGGUUCGAAGAACAUUGAAUUGCAACAUUUGUUGGUCUAGUCCACUUUCUACAUUUACACACAUAUACUUACACACAUGUUGUUCCUUUUGAUAAUUUUUACUAAAAACCAACAUGUAUUGUGGUAUUGCGUGACAUUUUAUUUUAUUAAAUACGUUGCGGUGGCGGCGGUGAUAGCGCUUCGUUUAACAAAAAGGAAACGACUCCGUCAUUCUAUUCGCUUCGUAAAUAAAUGAUUGAGAAAAAAAUUGAGCAAUUAUUUGUUACUAGUUACUACAUACGUUGCUGAAAACGCGGUAGUCAUAUCGCGAGUGUUAUUAUCUUUAAUAUGUCUUGUCUGUUAUAUUGUAAUUUCAAAAGAACAAAUAAAAGAUAUAGUGAAGUAGUGUCUUUAAUUGCAUCGUGUCAUAUCGAUCUUUCGUCGUGUAAUAUUUCUGUAAAGUUAACAAAUAAA